UGUGAACACUGGUUAUUGAUGGUGUAUUUGCAAAUAAUUUGUCUUUGAUGCUUCAUUUACUAAAUUUUUGAGAAUAACCGCAUGAGAAAAGGAGGUAAUUACAAAGUUAAUGUAAAUAAACGAAACAAUUGCCGUUAAACGGAUUCAAAUGGAAUAUAUUGCUUUAGUCACGACGGAUGGUAUUUCAGCAGAUAUUGAAGUAGUGACAGAUUUAGCAGAUUCUAGCAGCACAGCGAAUCGUAAAAGUUUUGUUUGGGAUUACUUUCGGCCUAUAAAAGGUACAAACGUUUUUGAAUGCAUUGUGUGCAACGCUUGUGUGGGAAAACAGACUAGUAAUUUAGCUCGCCACUUAUCUUGUACGCAUGAUAUAACUAGGGACACGAAUGGUCUGGAAACCUUACGCCGCGGACGACCGAUUAAUAGCAUCGUCUGGAAAUUCUGCGUCAAAGUAAACAGUAAACACGCCCGUUGCAAUUUGUGCUCAAAUUUGCUGUAUUUCGGCGGCGGCAAUACAACAAAUAUAGCAAAACACUUACGUAGAAAGCAUUCGGAAGAAAUUGAAAAAGCACUAAUGGACGAGACGAAUCUAGCUAUUGCCAAUAUCAGUGAUUCAAAAGAAACAAAUCUGGAAAUGGAGGAAUUGAACCAAGCCGAUUGUAGUACGUUGCUAAAACGUAAGGAACGCAAAGGAGGAAGUUAUGUUUGGAAUUAUUGCGAUAAAUUAUCCCGUCACAUGAUACGUUGUAAAUUAUGUAGUAAAGUAAUGAGUUUUCACGGUACGGCUAAUGUCAUAACACACCUUCAACGCAAACACAAUAUUUUAGGCAAAAUGGACAAUGAUAGUGCGGCGAAUGGAGAUAUUGAGCUAAAUGUGUCGACUGAAAAUUUAGUAGUGGAAGAAUUUCAAGAAGAAAAUUCACCAAAGCGGGGCAGAAGAUCAUCAAAUUCUUGUAGCAUUGUUUGGAAAUAUUGUAAGCGUGUUGGAAAAGAUGUGGUUAGAUGCGGUAUUUGCAAAAAAAAUUUGUCCUAUCAAGGAACGAGUAACCUUCAACGUCAUUUACAUAGAAUGCAUGGUGUAGCAGCAAAUGGCCGCAUAUAUAAAGACGACUUAGAGCAAUCUCUACAUAAUAUGGACUCGAAUCUCAUAUGGCAGUAUACCAGCUACUACGAUGUGAACAAAAUAAAGUGUAAUAUGUGUGAAGCCAUUUUUGAUAAAGAUGAUGAAGACGAAAUAAGCAAGCACUUAAUUGUAUCACAUUCAAUCGAACCUGCUAAACAUUUGAAGUCAAAGAAACGCCGUCUUAAUUCAGAAUUUUCCAGUGAUGAUGAAGAUGUGAUAGAUGACAGCUGGAAUAAGUAUGAAGAGUUUCAGGUGGUUCAAAAUAUUGAUGACAGUGGUCCAAAGAAAGAUGAAUCACUUUAUGACGAGUUUAUCGAAGAAGAAGUAGAACAAUCAAACUACACUGAAGAUGCUUUCGAUAGAAAUAUAGUGCAAGAAAUCCCAAUACAAAACCCACUUUCGCCUCAAUCUAGCGGCGGGGCAUCAGAGGAAGAAGAUCGCAGACCUCGCAUAAGCAGUAAAAGACUGCAGAAACUAGAUGAGGAACGAAUUCUAAUGGAAACUGAGUAUUUCCGUGAAAAGGCUGGUUAUUAUCGUAUGCAAAAGUAUUUAACUGCGCUUCAAGCGAAGAAAUUAAAAUAUGAAAUAGAGCGGGAUCGCUUUAAUAAUAUGACGCAGGUAAAUGGUACCAUAGUGCAAGGUGCUUAUUCUAUAAGUGAUUCGCUGCAACAAAAUGUAGCUAUUCAAUUAAAUUAAUUAAUAAAAUUACAUGCUAUUAAGUGUUUAUUUGUACAGUUCUAUUUUAGUAAAUAAAAUUAUAUAUUUUAAACAACAUGGUAAAUUCAAUCUUAAUCCUUUUUGAAAAUGGUAUUUAAAAAUUACCAUAAUUUUACGCUAAAAAAUUGUUAAAUAUUUAAAAUAAUAUUUAAAUAAUUAUAAAAAACCUAAUUAGGACUUAAAGUGCAUUUGUUAAUCUCUUUUGUUAAAUAUUGAUCUCAAUUCCAGUUUUAUUUUUUUUGUUUGUAACUCAAUAUAAUUUCGUUUGGCGCGGGCUAGUUCCGCCAUUUCAUUAAAAUAACGGGUUUCAGCUUUUAUCUUUUCUACAAUGUGCGGCUCGGUGUUGCUAGAUACAUUGGUGGGAAUUUGUUCAGUAACGGCCGAGCUUUGCGUUGAGUUCGAUACAGG